AUGGAAGGAGAAGCAGCUCCUAAACCAGUUGGUCCCACUGACAGACUAUCGCAAUUGCAAGCAUGCUUGGAUCGAGUCGUGGAAAUGAUGUAUAUAGCAGUGGGAGCAUUGCAACGUGAUGCUCCAUUGGUUGCAUUAGAUGCAGAUAUACCUGUUACGGCCUUUACUGAGGAGCAGAAUCAUAAUUUGGAGCUUGGUGGUCGAGAGCUGGCAACCAAAAUGGGAAGAGAUAUUGUCAGAACAUUCAAAGUCACUGAAUUCCUCAUCAAUUCAUUGCCUGGAAUUGAUAAAUCAGAAGAGGAGCAGCUCGACCAAUUACGAGUACUUGAAGAAGAGAACAGGAUUGCUGGACGUGAUAUGGAAGCUGCAGUUGAACGAGCAGGUCAGGCAGCGGGACCUCCGGAUCCAAUUCUUGGAGUAUCAGAAGCAUUUAAGGCUGACAGCAAUCCCAAAAAGAUGAAUUUGGGGGUAGGAGCCUACCGAGACGAUAAAGGAAAGCCAUACGUCUUGAACUGUGUGAAAAAGGCAGAAGAAAUCAUCUUCAAUUCCAAGAUGGAUCACGAGUAUCUCCCAAUCUCUGGACUUGCUGAAUUCAACAAGUUAUCAAUCGGAUUGGCAUAUGGUGACGAUUCAGCACCAUUAAAGGCUGGUAACAUUGUGGCUGCUCAAUCUCUGUCAGGAACUGGUGCUCUUCGUAUGGGAGGCAUCUUCUUAUCUCGUUUCUGGCCAGGAACGAAGAAGAUUUUUGUUCCAAGUCCUACAUGGGGCAACCACAACAAUGUCUUCAAGGACUCUGGUUUGGAAGUUGGUACAUACAAGUACUUUGACAAGAAAACCAAUGGACUUGAUUUUGAUGGCAUGCUUGGUGAUUUCAAGGCAAUGCCCAAUAACUCUCUCAUUCUGUUACACGCUUGUGCACAUAAUCCUACGGGUGUUGAUCCUACUAAACAACAAUGGGCAGCAAUCUCUGAUGUUUGCAAGCAAAAGUCACACUUUGUCUUUUUCGAUAUGGCAUACCAAGGUUUUGCUUCAGGUGAUCCAACAAUCGAUGCAUUCGCAUUACGCCACUUUGUGGCUGAGGGACACAAGCCCAUUCUGGCGCAAUCGUAUGCCAAGAACUUGGGAUUGUAUGGUGAACGUGUUGGUUGCUUCUCCAUCGUCACUGAUUCCCCAACUGAAGCAAAGGCCGUGGAUUCUCAAGUCAAGAUCUCUGUUCGUCCUAUUUACUCAAAUCCACCUCUUGCUGGAGCUCGAAUCGUAAAAGAAGUCCUUGGCCGACCAGAAUUACGAACUGAAUGGUACAAGGAAGUGAAGAUGAUGGCUGAUCGCAUUAUCAGCAUGAGGGCUGCCCUGAAAAAGGGAUUGGUGGAAACAAACAAGUCCAAGAAGAAUUGGGACCAUGUCACAGCACAGAUUGGAAUGUUUGCCUUCACAGGACUUACACCAGACCAAGUUGCUCGACUCAGGUCUGAAUUCUCCAUAUACAUGACAGGAGAUGGACGUAUUUCCAUUGCUGGAAUCAAUACUGGUAAUGUUGACUACCUGGCUUCAGCAAUUCACAAUGUCACCAAGUAA